UGUUUUAUCAGAUACGAAGCAUAUUUACUCUUUGUUCACCAAGGGCUGUACGCACGCAAAUUACAGUGUUGUCUGUCUCUGGAAACGUAGUUUUAUGUCAUUUUUAUAUAUGUAACGUGUUAGAUGUGGAACACAGGAAUAUAGGAUAAUCGCGGCUGAUCUUUUAAACAUAUUGACGCUCAUAAAUCCGUGUCCUGGAAAUAAACAGCCACGUACAAUAGUUAAUAGUUAAUUGAGUAUUAACCGACUAAUAAGCCGAGGAGAAGGGCCGCAUAUGCCGUACUGUGAAAGUUUACCGUGGUGAUAACAGCGCCGCCAGGCAGGCAUGAGCAGAGCCGAUUCUGCAGAAAAUGAGGAUCGGACGUGAGCUACGUGCGCAUCCAGGGGUAGACGACAUGACAUGGAGAGACUGGGAAAUACGGACCUUAUAAAUGCACACGGACGCGAGAGUAUCAGUUCAACGCCAGACAGAGUCUCGAAUACAAUGGGUCUGAACGCGACCACUGCGGAGGAGCUCCUGGCAGGACACACGUCGAGAUCUGGAUCAGGGAUCACACUUCUGAAGGACUCAAAAAGAGUGCUGUUGCUUUCACCUACAGCCGACAGAAGUUACGAUGAAGCACAGAGCAAGCGUUUACAUCUAAAUGGACUGGUAGAGACCCCCAAUGGGGCCCUCACCAGUCAUGGGGACAACAGGCCUAUGAAGAGACCAAUCGGAGAGGUGCGAUUUAGACAAAUCCAGCACCAGAGGAGAAAAGACGAGGAAAACAGAGACUUUGGGACACAUGGUUGUUUUGCAAAUGGGUCUGGGUCAGGGUGCUCCUCUGAAACGGACCCCAUGCUUGAAUGCAAAAGGAGAAAGCUUGAAAUGGACUCCAAAACAGACUCUAGUAAAAGUAUGCGGACUGUUCCGCCUCUUGCAGCCAAUCACCAACACAAAAACUGCUCAGCGUCAAACCCUAAUGGGGUUUAUCACAAUGGCCACAAAAUUGCAUUGAACCACAUGGCACCUGGACAGGCCGAAGUGCGAACCGCACCACCUCUGGUGGCUUCCUGCUCUUCAGAACACAUGGCCCAGCAAUACAUAGUUCCCUGUAUGAAGUUUUACGGCAUUUGUGUCAAAGAUACCUUCCUGGGGGAACGGCUGGGCAGUAGGGUUUUAGAGGAAGUGGAGACUCUCAAUCGAAGUGGGAAGUUCAGAGGAGGCCAAUUGGUCAUCCAGAAGAACAUCCCAUCUAAGAACAUUCGCGGAGACCAGAUAGCCUGGGUCGAGGGCAAUGAGCCGGGCUGCGAGAACAUUGGGACCCUCAUGGCUCACAUUGAUGAGGCCAUCAUGCGCAGUGCUGCCAAUGGACAGCUGGGGGAUUGUGUCAUCAAUGGGCGCACACAGGCUAUGGUGGCGUGUUACCCUGGCAGUGGCACAGGAUACGUGCGACAUGUGGACAAUCCGAAUGGUGACGGGCGCUGCAUAACCUGCAUCUACUAUCUGAACAAGAAUUGGGAUGUGAAGGUUCAUGGAGGUUUACUGCAGAUCUACCCUGAGGGUCGUAAUGUUGUCGCCAACAUCGAGCCUGUUUUUGACCGUCUGCUCAUUUUCUGGUCUGAUCGCCGAAACCCACAUGAGGUGAUGCCAGCUUUUGCCACCCGUUAUGCCAUCACCGUUUGGUACUUUGAUGAAGAGCGAGCUGAAGCGAAGGAGAAGUACAGACUGGCUUCAGGACAGAAAGGAGUUCAAGUGCCCGUCACACAGAGCAGCAAGACCUGAAUGUCUGUCAGUGAAGACUGUGCUGCUGCUGCUGCCCCGCCAUUGGAGGAUUUCAAGUGGAGAUGCAAGAAGCCUAACCAAUCGC